GCACGAAAGGCAGGGAUGAACGGCGAAAGGAAGUCAGCGUAGCGGGAGGCCCUGUCGGUAGCAAGACGUAAAGGCUGAUAGCCGGUUUCUCACCGGAGUUUGAAUGCACGUCGGAACUGUCACUGGGGCUCUGGGUUUUGUUAGGGUUUAAGCUAGAGCUCGUGCCCAGCGUUCGUCCGUAGCUGUACCGAAGCAGAAACCUCCCUCUGGCAGAGAAGAGAGGACACGCUUCGAACUCGUCUUCGAAUUUUAUUCCGGCAAUAGUCGGGCUCGAAGGAAUUUUUUCACCGGCGUGGAAACUAAUUCUGCAGUGGAAAUGUUCUGAUCCCUUAACGAGCUCCCUAGAAAUCCAGCGCGUGGCUGUUUCCAACUGCCGCAAUGAGGAAGAAGGUAGAUUCUCGUAUCAGAACGCUGGUAGAGAAUGGUGUCAAAGCCCGACAGCGCUCGAUUUUUGUCAUAGUUGGGGACAAAGGGCGUGAUCAGGUUGUAAACCUGCACUACAUGCUGUCGAAAGCUGUGGUGAAAGCACGUCCUUCCGUCCUGUGGUGUUAUAAGAAGGAGCUCUUCUUAAGCAGUCACAAAAAGAAGCGUAUGAAACAAAUCAAGAAGAUGAUGCAGAGGGGUCUACUGGAUCCUGAGAAGGACGAUCCUUUCUCAUUGUUCGUUGCAAGCACCAACAUACGUUACUGCUACUAUGCAGAAACUCAUAAAAUUCUCGGAAACACCUUCGGCAUGUGUGUGCUACAGGACUUCGAGGCUUUAACUCCAAAUCUCCUUGCUCGUACUGUUGAGACGGUUGAAGGAGGUGGUAUCAUUCUGUUGCUCCUUUCUUCCUUAUCUUCUCUCAGCAGCCUUUACACCAUGACGAUGGAUGUACAUGCAAGGUUUCGAACCGAGGCCCACUCAGAUGUAACAGGUCGAUUUAAUGAGAGGUUUAUACUGUCUCUCGCAUCCUGCAAAGCAUGUGUAGUCAUGGAUGAUGAGCUGAACAUUCUUCCCAUCUCCACUCAUAUUCGGUCGAUCACACCUACACCUAUAUUGGAGGGUGAAGAUGGUUUGACUGAGGCCGAGAAAGAUCUGAAGGAACUUAAAGAAUCUCUGAAAGAUACUCUGCCGUUCGGGCCUUUGGUUGGCAAGUGCCGUACUCUUGAUCAGGCAAAAGCUGUCAUCACGUUUCUUGACGCAGCCUCGGAGAAAACAUUACGAAGCACAGUUGCCUUGACUGCUGCAAGAGGACGAGGAAAGUCGGCGGCGUUAGGCGUAGCAAUUGCUGGGGCAAUUGCCUUGGGGUAUUCGAACAUUUUUGUUACCUCCCCGAGCCCCGAGAAUCUCAAAACAUUGUUCGAGUUCAUUUUCAAGGGAUUUGACGCAAUGGACUAUAAGGAACAUAUUGAUUACACUCUUGUAGAGAGCACAAAUCCGGCCUUCAAUAAGGCUAUCGUAAGAGUUAAUGUAUUCCGUCAACACAGGCAAACCAUACAGUACAUUCAGCCACAAGAUCAUCAAAAGCUUGCGCAAGCAGAGCUUCUUGUCAUUGAUGAAGCUGCCGCUAUCCCUCUUCCGUUAGUGAAGGCCAUGCUGGGGCCUUAUCUUGUCUUUUUGUGUUCAACCGUCAACGGUUAUGAAGGUACAGGUCGAUCGUUGUCGUUGAAAUUAAUACAGCAACUGCGUGAACAAGGUCAAAAACUCACAACUCAGGCAGCUUCUGACGAUGGCGGGAGUACAUCAGGGAGGGUCUUUAAAGAAGUGGAAUUGGCAGAACCUAUACGGUAUGCAGCAGGUGAUCCGAUUGAAAUUUGGCUCAAUGAGCUUCUAUGUUUGGAUGCCGCCAACCACAUUUCUUCUGUUGAAGGCAGGUUACCGCAUCCGAGUGAGUGUCAAUUAUAUUAUGUAAAUAGAGAUACACUCUUCUCCUAUCAUAAAGCCACUGAAGUUUUCCUCCAGAGGAUGAUGGCACUGUACGUGGCUUCACACUACAAGAACACGCCUAACGAUCUGCAACUACUUUCGGAUGCCCCUGCCCAUCACUUGUUUGUUCUGCUAGGUCCUGUAGACGACACUCAAAAUGGACUCCCCGAUAUAUUAUGUGUGCUACAGGUUUGUCUUGAAGGCUUAAUAUCUAAGCAUUCAGCCCUGAAAAGUUUGAGCGACGGGAAUCAGCCGAAUGGUGACCUUAUUCCGUGGACUAUAUCACAACAGUUCCAAGAUAGCGAGUUUCCAAGUUUGUCGGGUGCCCGUAUCGUACGAAUAGCGACACAUCCGAAUGUUAUGAGAGCCGGUUAUGGUACUUGCGCUGUCGAAUUGCUAGCCAGAUAUUAUGAGGGACAAAUAGCAGAUCUUGCCGAGGAGGAUGGAUUUGAACCUGUUCCUUCCAAGAAGCCUGCGAGGGUUACGGAGGCUGCUGUUGAGGUCUCACUUCUUGAAGAACAAAUAAAGCCAAGGACAGAUCUGCCACCUUUAUUGGUGAAACUUCAGGAGAGGAAGCCAGAAAAAUUACACUAUCUUGGAGUCUCCUACGGGCUCACUCAAUCACUAUAUAAUUUCUGGCAGAAACUAGGAUUUGUGCCUGCUUAUGUCCGACAGACACCAAGUGAUAUUACCGGAGAACACACGUGUGUGAUGCUGAAGGCUUUGGAUAAUGAUGAGGUGGAGGUGGUUGGAUCUGGUAACACUUGGAUUACUCCAUUCAAUGAAGAUUUUCGGAGGCGAUUCAUGUCACUUUUGGGCUUCAGUUUUCGAUCUUUCGCUCCUGCGCUGGCUUUGAGUAUCUUGAAUCCAAAAUUCAAAUUCGAUGAGAAUGAAUCCAUCGAGGGAGCAACAACGGAAGGAAUUUUUGGUGGGAAAACCCCUCUGUUGACUCCUUAUGAUAUGAAGAGAUUGCAAUCUUACGCCAACAACCUUGUAGACUAUCACAUGGUCUUGGAUCUAAUACCUACCCUAGCAAGACUGUACCUCCUCGAAAGAUUACCCGUAUCCUUGUCUUUAGCACAAGCUGCUAUACUUGUAGGUGUUGGUUUACAGCAUCAAAGCUUGGAUACCCUGGAGGCCGAACUUAAAUUACCUGCAAAUCAGAUUCUUGCCCUGUUCAAUAAAAGCAUUCGCAGGUUGCAUUCUGAGCUGCAUAAAGCAGCUGCCAAGAAGAUCGAGGCUGCCUUGCCUCGUAUCAAAGAGGUCACCAUGAAUUCUCACGCAGAGUCGUUGGACGAUGAUCUCGACGAUGCAGCACGUCAGGCCCAGGCUAACAUGAUGGAGAAGAUGGAGUCACUCCUUCAACCCGAGAACCUUCAGCAAUUUGCAAUUUCAGGAAGAGAAGCUGAUUUUGACGAAGCUUUGAAGAAGGGUGGUGGGAAGUUGCCGAAGAGCGGAUUCCUGAGCGUGAAAGGAACGAAAGAGCAGCCUAAGGAGAAGGCCAAGGAGCAAAAGGAUAAAGGUGGGAAGAAGAACAAACGGGGAGAUAAGCGAGAGGAUAAACGGCUACAUAAGAAAGCGAAGAAGUAGGCAGUGAAGAUUGUUUGUUUUUUUACUUUACAUCAGGUAGAUCUUAAAGUUUUCUUAGAUUUGAAAAGCAGAGUCUUUUGCUUGUCGUCAUCAGAUGUUUUCUAUUGGAGUCGUCUGAUAAAGUUUUGAGUGUUCCUUGAGGCUAGGAGCACGGCACCGCACAUCCGUUUCGUAUCUCCGACGUUUUUACAUGGUGAAUGAGUGCUAGAAUUUUAGAGAUUUCCCGCGUACUCUUGGUAUGGGCUUUCACAAAGCAAGCUGUGUUGGAUGCGGUGCGUCGUGAGAGCUUUGUGCAUUCAACCUACGCGUAAGAGGUCAAAUUGAGCAAUCUCAGACUUUGUGCUCAAUAAGGACCACUCUCGUUUUGAAAUCUUCUGAAUGACAUAAAUCGGUGUA